AUGAUAUAUUUGGUCAGUCUACCAAUCGUAGCUGCAAUAGUCUAUAUUUGUUACUUUAUUAUCUUGAAGUAUCUCAAAAUAAGAUUCUAUGAAAAAUAAGGAGUCAGAUUUUGUCAGGGAUAAAACAUUAUAACAGGUCACAUUGAUAGGCUUUAACAGCUAUCGUUGAAAGAUCCAUAUACUUAAGCUUUAAGAACAAUUGUAAAUGAAGAUUUCAAGGAUAAAGAACACAAGUACGUAGGAAUUUUGCUAGGGACCAAAGUGCAUCUCUUGGUCAAAGAUAUAACUUUCAUUUAAACGCUUUACGAGCAAAAUAAAGUAAAAUAUGACAAAGACCCGAUGAUGUAGACAUUAACUCUUCCUCUUGGCGAAACUUCAAAUUUUGUUCCCAAAACUACUGAUUAUUGGAAAAAAAUAAGGCCCGCUAUUACACAGGCUCUGUAUUCUUAAGACAGGACUAAGUUAUACGAAGUAAUCAGACAGAAGAUGCAAAUAGUCAUUGAAAGUCAAACUUUGAAAACUAAUAAAAUUUAUAAUGUUCUGCCAGAAAUUUCAAAGUUAAUGGAGUCUGCAAUAUCCAUAACUUUUUAUGAAGAUGACCUAUCGUAAGUAUAUAUAGAUCAAAUGAUUAAUGGCUAAAUCUUAAAGAAAUCAGUUUCUGAAAGUAUUCUUGCUAUCUUUAAGGAGUUUAUAACUAAAGGCUAAAGCAAAUUAAAUUUGUACUUUCCAUAUUUAGCUCAAAAGGGAUUUGGAUUAGCCACCAAAGAUUAACUAUACAAUAUUCAAAAUAUAAGACAUUAUUUUCUAGAAUAAAUAAGCAAAUUGAGGACAUAAAAAGUAGAAUAUAAUUAAACUACUUACAGCUUUGUAAGAAAUUUAUCGAUGCAUAAAGAACUAACUGAUAUUCAAGUUGCUGAUGAGUUAAUGCUACUUUUGGUUGGUGCACUAGAUAACACAGUUUCAAGUAUCAUCAAUGCAAUACAACUACUACAUCUAAACUCUUAGGCAUAUCAAAAACUAAUGUUUCACAUAAAAAAUAGUGAAUUUGAGAAUUAAAUUGAGUUUGCAAGAGAAUGCUUUCUCGAGUCAUUAAGAAUGUAUUCGCCUAAUCCGUAUAUUCCAGGUAUUUAUAUUCAAAAUUAAGGUCAGAUUGGAGAUAUAAAUAUAAAGAAAGGAGACGUAGUAAUGGUAGAUAUAGAUUUUAUACAUUAUCAUGAAUCAAUUUGGUAAAGGCCUUUUGAAUAUUUACCAGAGAGAUUUAACUAUAAUAGUCAUCUAUACUUACAGCCAAAUGGCAAGAAAAGAAGUGUUUUUAACUAUGUACCAUUUGGAUUUGGUAAAAGGAUUUGCCCAGGAGCUGAUUUCAUUGAGAAUGCUGGGAGUAUUUUUUUGAUAGAAAUGUUGAAAAAAUACAAAUUUACUGAACUUAAAGAACCUAGAUUUUCAAAUCUUUUCCAGAUACUUAAGCCCGAGGUUGUAAUGAUGGUUACUAAGAAUGAUUUAUGA